CAUGGUUAGGGGGGGAUGGUUGACAGGGUGUUAUUUCUCAAGGUGGGACUCUGGAAGGUUACUUUCUCGCAACAAACGCGCUUCAUCAACACCUUACACCACCCUUUUUCACUUUGCAUCCAUCCAUUCCUGACUUGCAGUCUCCCUUGUUGGGGUUCUUCUUGCAUGAUCUCUUUUUAAGAAUUACCACCCUAACAAGGGGCCUGAAAUCAUUGUGUCAUCCUUUAUCAGAUGAGGACAGAGGAAAGUACUAUUAACCAGGAGAAGUCUGAGAAAACUGAUCCUGAAGAAGUUGUUGAAAAAGCAAAUCCUGAAGAGACAUUAACUAUCACAAAAGUCCCACCUAAGAUCCUUUCACGUUAUCUUAGUGCUCGAAAGAGUUCCUGCCAUGAUUUUUGCAAGUAUGGUAUCAAACAUGCUGAUGAAGAAAAACCAUGGAGAAGGGUCAACACAAGGGGAAGAAAAACCAAUGUUCAAACCAAUGUUUUGGAAGAAAAUGUAAUAUCUUUGGCAGGGACAAAGAAAUCAGGAAGAAGUUCAAAGCCUUCUCUGACUUCAAAAGGUGAAGAUCCCAGCUCUCCUAUUGACAUCAAGGAAGUGACAAAUGAAAAAACAGUUACUUCAGAGAAAAAUUCACCAUCUUUUGAAGAAACAGAUGUUUCAAUUGAACAUCACAACAGUGACCUAAGGCAAGAAGGUUCUGAGCCAUCUCUUCCAGUGCAAGAAUGUUCCAAAAGUCAAACCAAAAGGGGAAUUGUCAAGAACAAAACUGCUUUUGCCUUUGGUUCAAGCAGCCCAAAGAGAACUGAAAGUAGAAGCAAACAGACAAAAACUGAAGGCAAGGGAAAAUCAACACCACCAAGCGUUAACUUGUCUCCAAAACAUAAUGUCAAGAAGAAACCUUCAAGCUCACCAAGUGCUAAAACUGUCAAAAACUUGAGGGGAGUGUCUUCUCUGAAAACUCAUGAGAAUGUUGAAGAAAUCAAACAUGAAAUAUCCAGCAAUGACAAUUUACCAGACAAAAUUUUGCAUGUCAUUGAACCUACCUCUGAAAAUUUAUCUGAACAACCUCCUAAGUCUCCCGGUGCAACUAAGUUGCCUUCACCCUCUCAUCCAUCAUCAGGGGAGAAAAUCUUGAAGAGGAGGACCACUAAGAAAAUUGCCAGUUCUGGAAUGUCUUCAACUUCAAGGAAGAACCUUAGACAUGUGACAUUCUCUCAAAUAUCUUCAGGGAACAAAGGCAAAACAAACAUGGUACGUACUUCUUCAAAAUCAUCAUCAGUUUCAUCAUCUGCUUCCUCAUCCAUAUCUUCAAUUUCAAAACAAAAUGGUGCUGCCAAGUCUAAGUCCAACAAAGCAGGACAAAGUCAUCAAGGUGAAAAUGUGAAGGUGGGGUACAAAAUCAGGCCAAAAAUGAGCACAAAAGUUGUUGUAGGAAACAAAGUUGUUCCACCCCGGAAAUUAUCUUUCAGGAGAGGAAAAGUGAUUGAAAUUCAGCCUCAGAACAACAACAUUCCAAGGAGGCUCAAAUUCAAGCCAGCACGGUUGCUUGGUGCUGAUGACAUCAAAAGAGAAAUAAAUGGUGCAAGAAUGAGAAGGGCCAUUACCAAUAAAAAAGCUGAAGAUGGUGGUGAGGUAAAUGCAGCUAAUAAUGCAAAUACUGAAUCUGAGAAAGCUGUGUCUAGGCACCAAACUGUGGAAGGAGGUAAGAAGAGAAGCCUUGUGAGAGAUAGAAGCAAGAAUAUGUAUGGUUCCAAAUCAGCUUCUGAGAAAGUGAUUUUGAGGCAUCAAAAUGUGGAAGGGAAGAAACAGAACUCACGUUUGUAUAACAAUGUGAUUGAAGAGACAGCAAUCAAGCUUGCUGGGCUAAGAAAGAGCAAGGUUAAGGCUCUGGUUGGUGCAUUUGAAACCGUGAUAUCUCUUGAUUCUCCUCGAGCAGAGACCAAUGCUGCUGAAGCGAGCACAGCUUGUUGAGUUUUACCUCUGGUGUGUUGUGUUGUUAUGUAUUCAACUCCUAACAUAUGACUGUGUUGUGUUGUAUAGAAUGAUAAUUAUGUAUUUGACAAAGUGGUCAUGAGCUUUCUACCCUUUGUGAAACUGCAACUGUUUGUGGCUUGGAUUUGUAAAGCUAAGAUUGUUAAUAUUGUUUUAUGUGUUUUACUUAACCUUU